AUGUUGCAUUUAAAGAACAUUGCAAAAACAGUUGCAGCACCUCUGAAAAACUCAGUACAAAAUGAGGCAGUCAAUAAUAUGCUAAGAAUUGCACCUGCAGCUGUUAAUGUUUGCUGCCGGACCUAUGCAAGCCAUGAAAUUCCAGAGAGGCUUAAAGAUGUGCCGACGAGUGCAAACCCAAGGUUCUUCGAUAUGGUAGAAUACUUCUUUCACAGAGCUUGCCAGGUAAUUGAAGAUAAAUUGGUAGAAGACAUGAAGUCUAGAGUUUCUAUAGAAGAGAAAAAAAAGAAGGUGGCCGGCAUCUUAAAGCUAAUGCAGCCAUGUGACCAUAUCCUAGAGAUUCAAUUUCCUCUUAAACGUGAUUCCGGCGAUUACGAAAUGAUUCUAGGAUAUCGCGCUCAACAUUCUUCCCACAGGACUCCAACAAAAGGAGGUAUUAGAUUCUCAACGGAUGUGACCAGAGAUGAGGUUAAAGCCCUGUCCGCAUUGAUGACUUUCAAAUGCGCAUGCGUCGACGUCCCCUUCGGCGGAGCUAAGGCGGGCAUCAAGAUCAACCCUAAGGAAUACUCCGAACAUGAACUGGAGAAGAUCACUCGUCGUUUCGCCCUCGAGCUGGCUAAGAAGGGUUUCAUUGGCCCUGGCGUGGACGUGCCUGCCCCCGACAUGGGGACCGGUGAGCGCGAGAUGUCCUGGAUCGCAGACACCUACGCGAAGACCAUCGGCUACCAGGACAUCAACGCCCACGCCUGCGUCACCGGGAAACCCAUCAACCAGGGAGGUAUCCACGGUAGGGUUUCCGCAACCGGCAGAGGAGUGUUCCACGGCCUGGAGAACUUCAUCAACGAAGCCAACUACAUGAGCAUGAUUGGCACAACUCCCGGCUGGGGCGGCAAAACGUUCAUCGUGCAGGGCUUCGGCAACGUGGGGCUGCACACGUGCCGCUACCUCGUCCGCGCGGGCGCCACCUGCAUCGGUGUGAUCGAGCACGACGGCGCCAUCCACAACCCCGAGGGGAUCGACCCCAAGGCCUUGGAGGACUACAGGAUCGAGAACGGCACCAUCGUGGGCUUCCAAGGCGCCAAACCCUACGAGGGUGAGAACAUGUUGUAUGAAAAGUGCGACAUUUUGGUGCCCGCCGCGGUCGAGCAGGUCAUCCACAAAGAAAACGCCCACAAAAUUCAAGCGAAGAUCAUCGCCGAAGCUGCCAACGGCCCUACAACUCCUGCCGCCGACAAGAUCCUUAUUGAUCGCAACAUCUUGGUCAUCCCCGACUUGUAUAUUAACGCCGGUGGUGUGACCGUUUCAUUCUUUGAAUGGCUGAAAAACCUUAACCAUGUCUCAUACGGACGUCUUACAUUCAAAUACGAACGCGAGUCCAACUACCAUUUAUUGGAAUCCGUACAGGAGUCCCUGGAAAGGCGUUUUGGCCGCGUUGGAGGACGCAUCCCGGUAACUCCUUCCGAAUCCUUCCAAAAGAGGAUUUCUGGCGCUUCCGAAAAAGACAUUGUGCAUUCAGGCCUUGAUUACACAAUGGAGAGAUCUGCUAGAGCUAUCAUGAAGACCGCUAUGAAGUUUAAUCUAGGUCUGGAUUUGAGAACAGCAGCAUACGCAAACUCCAUUGAGAAGAUUUUCACGACGUAUGCUGAUGCUGGUCUUGCAUUC